AUUGAGGAAAGGCCAGAAAAAGACUUUGAGAAGGGAGCACGGACUGUCUCAAGUUUAUCAGCAGCUACCUUGGCUUCUCUGGGUGGGACUUCUUCACGGAGAGGCAGUGGGGACACAUCCAUCUCGGCCGACACAGAGGCAUCUAUUAGAGAAAUAAAGGAUAUCUAUGAGUUAAAGGACCAGAUUCAAGAUGUAGAAGGCAAAUACAUGCAGGGACUUAAAGAACUGAAGGACUCUCUAGCUGAAGUUGAAGAGAAAUACAAAAAGGCUAUGGUGUCAAAUGCUCAACUAGACAAUGAAAAAACCCAUUUAAUGUACCAAAUAGAUACCCUGAAGGAUGUGCUCUUUGAGUUAGAAGAACAGCUGGCAGAAUCCAGGAGGCAAUAUGAAGAAAAAAGUAAAGAAUUUGAGAGGGAGAAGCAUGCUCAUAGCAUACUGCAGUUCCAGUUCAUGGAAAUCAAAGAGGCUUUGAAGCAAAGAGAAGAAAUGCUUGCAGAAAUCCAACAGCUGCAACAGAAACAGCAGAGCUAUGUCAGGGAAAUUUCCGAUCUUCAGGAGACAAUAGAGUGGAAAGACAAAAAAAUAGGGGCACUAGAGAGGCAGAAAGAUUUCUUUGAUUCCAUAAGGAGUGAGCGGGAUGACCUUAGAGAUGAAGUGGUUGUGCUGAAGGAGCAGCUGAAGAAACAUGGAAUAAUCCCAGACUCUGAUGUGCCCACCAAUGAGGAGACAUCAGACAUUCUGGACAACAAAGGACCCUUGGAUUCUUCCAAAACUGUUCCAGGAACAGCUCAGGCAUUAAAGACAGGAGGGGAGGGGAUGCUAGACAGGCCGAAAAAGCUCAUUGAUGAACGAGAGUCCUUACUAGAGCAGAUUAAAAAAUUAAAGGGACAGCUGGAAGAAAAGCAAAAGAAUGGCAAGAUGGAAAACAUGCAGUCAGAUGAUGAAGUUCUGGAAAAUGGGACAGAUAUGCACAUGAUUGACCUCCAAAGAGAUGCCAACAGACAGAUCAGUGAUCUCAAAUUUAAACUAGCAAAGUCUGAGCAAGAGAUAACAGCAUUGGAGCAGAAUGUAAUACGACUGGAAGGUCAGGUAGCCCGAUACAAAACUGCUGCUGAAAAUGCUGAAAGAGUAGAAGAUGAACUGAAAGCAGAGAAACGCAAACUACAGAGAGAGCUUCGUUCAGCAUUGGAUAAAACUGAAGAGCUUGAGGUCAGCAAUAGUCAUCUAGUGAAACGCUUGGAGAAGAUGAAAGCCAACCGGAGUGCGUUACUGUCGCAGCAAUAACCACCACCUCCCGACAGAAACUACCACUACUCGACAGAAUCCGAACAACGUUGCAGCUGCUUCUGUCUCUUGCUGCCCGGGGUGCUUUGUGUCAUGCCUUCUGAGAACAGACAACCCCCACAUUUGCUACGUGCCACCCAGCUGUGGGUCUCUCUACGCAGGUUCAAACCUACUGCACUAUAUCUCUAGAAGUAGCUGAUCCAAAUGGCUGUGCCUGCCGGAGCCCUUCCACACCAAGCACUGGGUACGGUCGAAGUACGCCGUCAGUGUAAGAAGCACAUUAAAUUCUCAAUCCAGAAGGUACAGCAGCCAUUUAUUGCCAUUUAAAAUGGCAUUCAAAGAAAACUCUUUGACUG